AUGGCCGCGCUAGUGGAAGGCCAGAAAUACGGGCUCUCUUCAAAUUUUUCUCCUCACGACCAAAAAACGGUCGUUCAAGUAAAAUUAACAGAUUCAGCACUAAGAGCAAUAGAGGAAUAUUUAAAAUUGAAGAAUGGUAGUAACCCAAAGCCCAGUAUUCAGUUUCAAGGCAGUCAGGGGGUCAUUACAAUUCCAAAGAAAUCCUCUGAUGAUAGUAGAACAUUCCAGUUUUCUUUAGCAUCUUUAUCAGAACCAAGUUAUGACUGUGUACAGCAGUCUGCUCCAAGCAAUGGAAACCACAUGAUACUUGAGGGUUCUAUGACCAAUAAAAUGACAGUGAUAGCCACUAGUGAUGUUUUCCAACAAACCAGAGAACAAAUGAAAAGUGCUCAAGAGGAAUGGGGAAAAGUUAGAACCCAGGAAAUCAAACAUAGUGGACCAAAUAUUAGUAAAAGGGUCAAACACAUAAUUAAAAAUCCAAAACGAGAACUUGAAACAUCACAACCCAAACCAUCUCCAACAAUAAGUGCAAUAAACCAAAAUAAACCGAAGCCAACUGUGGUUUCUCCGAUGCCUGUGCCUGUGUCAGUGCCUCAACGCCAACCUCCAACAAACCUUGUCACCUCAACAACAUCAGCGCUUCAUCGUAAUAAUGCUGUUACGUCUUCCAAUCUUAACAAAGGAUUCAUCCCUACUUCUACAAAACCUGCUAGUACAGUUAAUCCUGCUGUGAUGCAAAAACCUUUCAGGGAAAGACUGUUACAUUUACUAGCUGUAAGGCCGUUUAAGAAACCUGAGCUAUUGGUGCGAUUAAAAAGAGAUGGCAUGAAAGAAAAAGAUAAGGACAGCUUUGGACAGCAUGUAACAAGUGUGGCUUCCCUUAAUCCUCGUGAUAAUAAGUAUUACCUCCUUAAACAUCUGUAUGCAGAUGUCUCACUAGACUGGCCUUUUUAUACAGAUAGUGAUAAAGACAUAGUCAAAAGCAAACUACAGAGUCUGUCCCCUUCAGCUUCACCUGCCAGUCAUCCUUCACCUGACAGUCCUACUAGCUCAGUACCACAGAAAAGACCAAUUGAACCCUCGGUAGAACUCCCACCAAGUAAGAAACAGAAGAGGAUAUCACAUUAUGAUAAAACCAUUAAAAGCAAGCAGGAAGUGACAUCAUCAGUCAAUGGGCAUGACAGGAAACAUACCAAAGAGAAUAUUGAUGAUUCUUCCAAUGUAGACUCCACAACCAGUGAUCUGGACUUUGUGAACAAAUAUAAUAAUAUUAUGAGUAUGGAUCAGAGAAAUAAAUACAAACAGGAAUUUAACUUAGAGUAUGAAGAGUAUCGUAAUCUUCACAAGAACGUAGAGAAAGUGACGCAGAAGUUUGCUGACCUGGAAGUCAAAAUGAGACAGACACAGCAAGGAACGGAAGAAUUUGAGAAGUUAAAGGAAUUAAUCAGGACAGAGUAUAAAGUACAGAAAGAAGAUAUCAAGUACAUUGAACAGAAAAAAAGAUUUGAAUAUUUACAUAAAAAAUUGGGCUUUAUCAAGGAGUUAAUAUUAGAUUAUGACCGAUCUCAAGCUAUUGUGGAUUCAUAGCGAUAGUUCCACCUCUGCGGUGGAUUUUUGUUGACAACCUAAUUGUUACUUUUUUGUAACAAUGUUUCUGGCCAAUGGAUCUGGAGAUUUCGCUUUUUAAGUCAUGUGAUGUAUGAGUUGCUUUGUGUAAGCUAUGUGAUGAAUGUAUGUGUUCACAUGUGAUCAUUUUGUCAAAUGUGUAUUCAGUGUUCAGGAAAGCUAAAUAGUAUUCUCAAUGAAAUUUGUAUUUGUAAUGUUUUAUUUGUGAGAGAAAAUUGGUGACAGAAGUUCACUAUAAAGUGCCAUAUUAUAAAAAUAUCAAAAGGGGGAAAAGUUUUAAAAAGUAGUUUCUGUUUUAUAGAAAUUCUUUAACAAAUAAUACUGAAUUCACAGUUUGUUUCUUACAAUGUUUACACAAAUGAGUCUGCUUAGUUGACAAAUAUAAAACGUGACAUUGUUACCUGAUGUUGUUGAGAAUAGUGACAUUGUUACCUGAUGUUGUUGAGAAUAAUGUAAUACAAUGGAAUGUGAUACCUUACUUGUCUGCUUUGUUAUUUAUAUACUUAUAACAUCAUUUAAUAGAGAUAUCAGGAGAAGCAACAUAAAUUAUAUUUUACUUAAGUAUUUGAUUUAUGUAUAAUGCAUUUGUUUUUUUUCUAUGAUAAAGAGGAGAUAACUCAAUUUGAAACAUGUUCCAUUGCUCUACAAGUGCAUUAUAUGUCUGAAUCAUUGGGUAAAACUUAUAUCUGGACAUCUUUAAUAUGCAUCAUUCAGUGAUUGAGAUAUCUAUUUCCAGGUGUGUAGAUAGGGAGGGUAGGUGUCAUUUUUCCCUCUGUUUUCUAUGUUAUGAUUACUACAAAUAAACUUUCUCUUAAAUAAAGGUAAUACACUAAGAUAACAUAUUGAGUGAGAAAAAAAGAAAAAAAAAACAUUUUUUUUAAAUCACUUAAAUUUGAGUAUUUCUCACAUUUGCAGAAUAAAGGAAAAGGUGGAAGGAUAAAAACAUUACUUAACUUGAAUACUAUUUCAUUGAGAAAACUAUUUAUGUAUUGCACUCAACAUGCCUUAUUGGUGUAUUGUUGUAUGUUUCAACAUACAAAUAUAUUACCGGAAUGUUUCGAAGAAUAAGAAAAAUGCUUUAAAAAAAAAUUAGAAAACUGAGUGUUUAAAUUAAAAAAAUGAAACUUAUUAUCUUUAAUUAAGGUCAAGGGUUGCUUUAAUAAGUUUACCUCUCCAAGUUCAUUACAUUGUCCUUUAGUCAUAUCAGUAUUCUGAACAGUGUUGUAGUAUUAUUAGGGCUCAAGUUAGCAUUAAAACCUGACACAUUCCAUGCAUGGUGAAACCUAUCUAAACUUAGAUCUUAUCUCUCUUUUGACCUCUACUCACUCAAAGUGAAGUAUUGCCAUUACUUGUCAUCCAUGGGUCCAUGCAUUUACACUGUAAAACAAAUCUUUAUCUCUUCAACAAACAUUUCCAAUUUGAACCAAAACAGAAUGUUUUUUUUAGAUUUUUAGUUGAAACUUUUAUCUUGUGCUGAUGUCAACCAACCAACAUUUUAUUCAUUAAGUUGAACAGAAUUUAGGCAAGAUGGCAAUUCAACAUUUCAUGGUACAGAUAGUUUUUGAUUAACUCAAUUUGAGCAAGAAUUACUUCCCUUUUGUUGCCAUGUUAGAGGUCUACAUGCACAAAUUCCUCUAUUAAUCAGCCAAAUUCAACUUGUUAUACUGAUAUUUGACUGUAGAAAAUUAUGGUUUUUGAACAAUUUUAAUUUCUGUUAGCCUUGUUCCAUUACUGUAUCUAGUCAGGAUUAGUUGUAGUAGUACACAUAUGAAUUGUGACUGUUGGAACAUUUGUAAAUAUGACAUCUAAUUUUUGUUUAUAAACCUGUCUUUCAGUCCAGGUGAGCAGUACAGGUUGUUUGGAGGCUUCAAUGUUUAAAGGGGUCAAGGAGAUAGGCCUGUAGUUUACUUACUGAUAAAGAAAUGUUGGUACAUGGCUUUUGAAAACUAAAGAAUGAUAAUUCAAUAAUUAAGGGAUAGAUUGAGAAUAAAAUUAAAUAAUAUUUUUGCCCAUAUGUUGUAAAACAUUUGAAUUAAGGAAUGCUUUUGAUUCAUUUUAGUUUAAAAAAAAUAGUGAAGGGGGGCUUAAUGGUAUUGGAUUGAAAGUAUUAAUGAUAUACAUAUUUUGUGUUUAGAAAGGUUUCACUGUUAAAGCUUUCAUUCCAUAUGUUGUGCUUUGAACUUAUUAAAACCAGAAAAUGUUUUAUGCAUUUUAUUUAAAUAUGAGAUUUGAAAGUAUUCAUAUUAUACACAAAACAUAUUAGAAAAUGUCUUUUUAUGUAGGACAAAGAUGAUGGUUUAUUUAGGAGCAGUUUUCAUAUAAAUAAUUUUUGUUACCAUAACAUUGAUAAAGAAUGAAAUAAAACAUCUUAAUUGCCAAAGUUUGAAAAUAAGUUUAAUCAAAACCUCUCUUUCCAAACUGAAGAGGAGAUAAAUAACAUUGAGAAGCCAGAAUGUUUUUAUUGCCAUAAUUAUCAUAUUUUACACAACUACCUGUCUUUCAAAGGUCAAAGGUCAUUAUUUUAACUUUUUGUUGUGAAAUCUGAUAUUUGUGUAAAACUACCAAUGUGCCUCAAAUAACUGAUCAAAAUUCAUGAAUAGCAUUGAUUGUUUGAGGGUAUAUAUUUAUAAAGCCAUUUGGUGCUGUCAAAUAACUGAUUGACACAUCUAGUUAUGAGGUAUACAUGUUGAAAAAAUAAUGCAGUUGUAUUCUUUUAAAGACCUUUAUUUUGAAGCAAUUAAUACAAGGUGACGAAAAAGUAAAAUCAAAGUUGCAAUGAAAAUAAGAUUAAUCUGUUUUUAUCAUCUGUUCAGUCUUUAAUUAAGGAGGUUGGAAGGAUCUAAAAUGAUUGUUAUAUUUUUUUUUUUAGGUACAUUUACUAAAUAUUAAGCCAGAUAUUAAUGCUAUUGAUUAAAAAAAAUCAAGAUGAACAACAUGACUAGCAAACAUCCUGAUACAUCUCAGAUUGAGUGAUUAAAGCAAUAAAUAGAUAAAAUGAAAAUUAUUGUUAUAGGCUAUACUUUUAAGAGCUUAAAAUGAAGAAAAGUUAAGGGUUAGUUUGAGAUUUCGUGAAAUUUCAUGAAUAGACAGUAAUGUCAUAUAAUAUCAAAAUUUGUGUAUGCUAUGCAGAUAAUGUUUCUCAUAGUGAAAGUUUCAAAUCGAAAACCUGUUUUUCUUGUAAUAAACAAUUGUAUUCAUAAAUGCAUGUUAGAAAAGUGAAUUUUAUGUUCUAUCAUGAUUUUACAGUUAGUUUAGCCACUUGUUCAUCAUGCAAAACUUUUAUACUGAAAACGAAAUAAUUUUUGUUACAGCUGUUAACUCAAAUAUGUAAAAUUCUUGGGGUAGAUUUAUUUUUUAAUGACAUUAAAACUUUAUAUAACAUUCCAUUUAAUUUCAAUCUGAUAACAAUGCAGAUCCUGUUAUUAAGAGAUCUUUAAAAUAGGAUGGAUGGAGUGUUUUCAGAUCCUUGUAAGGGAAGCGUGGACACAGGAUCUGUUAUUCUAUCUGGUUGAUUUAAUUUCCAAGAUAACAAUGUCAAAAGAUCUUUUGGAUAAACAAAUAGAUGAUAUGAUUUGGCAUCAAAAAGGCAAUAAGUAACUUUACUAUUAAGGAUGUACACCUCUGAGGAGCCAAAAAUUUCUAGAACUAAACUUUUUUUCUUAACCUUAUUUUUGGGUUUAUAUGACUGUAAAAAAAUAAUUGGUGAAGAAAAAUUCAUAUGGUGGUGCACUUUUUUUGCUACAGCCAUUUGAAAGUACCCAAUUUUGAUGAUUUUCCCAUUUUUCAUCAAUUUUUACCCAUUUUUUUGCUAUUAUCAUGAAAAAAAUCACAGUUUCACAAUUAAACUUUUUUUCAUACUUUCACUUAAGAUGAAGUGGACCAAUCUGAAUAAAUUUGACUUAAAAAAAACUAUAGGUAGGUGUUGAUAUAAGAAAGUUUUAUAAAAUUUUGUUGCUUUUUAGUGUCAUAUUUACCAUGUUGUCAAUUUUGUAAAUUUGGGAUUUUUCUCUUUUUUUAGAACAAAAAGCAUAUUAUUUCAACUUCUUUGUUGUAAAUGAUUGAAAAAAUACAUAUCUAAGAAAUUUAACAAGUAAAAUUUAAUAUGGGAUGUACAUGUAUCUGGUAAAAUCAUUUCUUGUACUCCUCACCCAUUUUCACAACAUUUUGGCUAAUGAGACUGACUUGAUUGGUUAUAAAAUUUGAAAAUUUUAUUACUUAAAAACUACUUAUUGUAAAUACACAAUUUUUUCACAGAGUUAAGUUUGAUUAUAAUAUUUUUUAAAUUCAUUGAUAUUUUCCACUUGUAUCACAUGUUUUGGAAAUAAUUCCAGAACGAGAUUUCAACGAGACUGAAACGUCAGAAGAAUACAUCCUUAAGAUAUGGUGAUCACUUUAAUUGGAUUUUAUAUUCAAAACUUUAUUUUGUUCAUUUAAGGAUGUAAACUUUCUAAACUUACUGUAAAACCAUAGAAUAAGAAUUGUGAUUUGUUUUAAUUGAUUGGUGAGAAUGAGUGCAUGUGCACUUUCAUGAUCAAAUGAUAGCAUUGACAUUGUUAACAAUCUGUGAUAAUUGUCAUUAUUUUUGAGAAUUUGUAUUUUUAUCAGACUAUGGUUGUAGAUAUAUAAUAUCUUGUAUGAAUGAAAUGAGUACAGAGGUUUAACCUAAAUGGUAAUGAUAAGAAAUUUAAUAUUAAUGGCCAAAGUCAGCUUUUGUCUGGGAAAUUUAUCUUUGACUCUUUUAACUUUUUUUCUUGUUGUGGAUAUUUUUGAUGCUAUAAGAAAUGGAAUGACUGAAUAUAGAAAAAAUGAUAUUCAUGCUCAAGUACAACUUUAUAAAGAUAUCUUAUGAAGAGAUAAAGUUCCAAUCAUAUAUACUUGUUAUGCAGUAUUUUGGUGCUAUUCAUGAUGUUCUAUAAAAUCAUAAGUAAUUCAUCUCUGUCUGUUUUAUAGAAGUUACUAAGUUAGUAUGUACGUACAGGUCAGUGAUGGAAACAGUAUAUGACAGUUUGAAUGGAUUUACAGGGGUAUACAUUAUCAAAGUUUUGUUAUCUCCCUUUAAUGCUCAGGUGUUCAGCUAAGAGAGGCAAAUAAUGAAUUGCUAUCUAAAUAUAGGGUAUUCUGAACCACAUGAAAGAGCAAGUGCUAUAAUUUAUUCUCAUUUAAAUUAUCGAAUUAUAGCUAGUGCUUUAAUUUAUUCUAAUUAUUUAAUUGUACAUAAUUGUAUACAGUCAGAUUUUAUUUUGGGUUCAGUUUUUCCUUUUACUGUUUAUUUGUAAAAUAUUUGAUUUUAAUGUGUAUAUCAAAUUUGUCAAUGAAAUGGAAAGAAUGAUAGAUGAAGCUGUAAAUAGAAGAUUUGAAUGACUUUCUAUAAGCUUGUUCUAUCAUAUGUCAUAUGGAUGUUGAUACAUUACAGGUUACAUAUGUUACAAACCAGUUUAUCUUGAAGGAAAACAAAAUAAGGCCAUGUAAAACAAAAUGAAUGUCCAUUUAUACAAUCUACUUACCGCAAUUGCAAUAUUCUAAACCUGCAAGUCAAACCAGAGGGUUUGGAUAAGGGGUCAUCCAUUUCUGUAUUCUUAUUAUUUUUUUGCCAUUAUCCUCUAUUUUUUAUAGCUCCCCUUAUGCUCUAUUCUAUAUUUUUUGCCCUAUUUUUUGGCCAUUUUUCAGUAGAUUUGGUGCAUUAAUUUCUGUAAACCCCAUACUAGAUCCUCAAACCAGGUGUAACAUUUUGUAUGGUUAAUAAAGAAAUACUAUAAACCAACUUCUGCAGGAGCAAGAUAUGAGAAAAAAAAAUAUGCACAAACAUUUAUCAUUUCUGUUACUUAUAAAGAAUAACUUAGUAGUGUUGAUGGCAAAAUAUAAGUAAAUAUAUUUCGUGGGUUGUGAAAAAAGGUGUAGUACUUUUGACUUCUUUAAAUCUUCAAAAAUAAAUCCUAAACAUAACAUUUCUGUAUUUAGGGGUAUUUCUUUGUUUAUAAAGUAUAAAAACUCUGGCAAUUAAUUCCUGAAUGUUUGAUCAAAUUAUUAAAAUGUAGUUCAUUAUUGAAUAUUUAUAAACAAGGUAAAGAAAGGUAAUUGAAUGACUGUUCAUGUAUUCUGUUCAGAAUUCUACACAACUUUAGUAAAUAUCAAUAAAAGUGUUAUUACUGUUAUUUCAAUUAUUGGUGCUGAUGUUUACAAGUGUUCUGACCCUACGUUAUAGGAUUCACUGAAAUAAAUAUGUAUUGUAGAGACUAAAUGGGGAACUUCAUAACGAUUGACCAAAAAUCAUGGAAAAUAAGAAAAAAAAGUCAUUAAGAAAAAUAUGGUUUAUGAAACCAGCUGUGUUAUGAAAUUUAGAUUUUUGAUCAUUUAUUUUUGAAGAUUAAAGAACUUUAAUGACCUUUAGCUGUCCUUUAUUUUGAAUAAUGAGUAAGGAAUGAACAAAAAAAGAAGAAAAAAAGUGAUCCUCACUAUUCAAAUGGAAGUUAAUAUAUGGUAUUUCAUUCUUCAAAACAGUACCAUACAAAAUAAAACCUGAAUUAUAAGAAUAACCAUUGAACUUAUCAGAUGUGUUUGCCACCAAUUCUUACACACAGCCGGUGUAAAGUAAUAUGUUCAGUAUUUUCUCAAAUAAAUCAUUAGAAAAUACUUUUCUCAUCAAAUCUGAUAUCUUAUGUAGUCCAUCAUUAAUAAUUGAUAUCAGUGAAGUAAUAGAUACAAGCCUAUCAUUGUAUUAAACCAAACUUUUAUUCUUAUUAUUUUGUGGACACCUGCUUGUUUAAGCUUAUAGUAUUACUGAUGGGAUAAAUGAUGAGAUAUGGCAGUACUAGAAUUAACAAAAGUUUUAAAUAAGCCUUAUAAGGGGAAAUAACUCAUAUUAUUUCAUGUUUAAGAAAAAAGAAAUCAAGGCAUCACUCUGCAUUACUCCACAAUUAAUGAUUUUCUAUAUAGAAUGGACACCAACCUUCCAUUCUUUUCUUAAAAUUAUCAAAAGUCUGUGUUACAAAUAUCAACAGUAAAUGUCUUUUCAAAUUGAUUGGGAAUAUCAAGUGUUAUUGCUUAAUGAAUUGCAUUCUGAAAGUAAAUUCCAGCAUCAAACCAAUGAAUUAUAGCCAACUCGGUCAAAAGAGAAAUUAAUUAUGGAAAGCUAUUGUAAUUAAAAAAAAAUAAUCCUAAAACUGGAUUAUUAUAUUUGAUUGAUCGAUAUAAACAAGUAAACUUAAAUGAAAUUAGAUGCCAUUAAGUGUCUAUAGUGUGGCCACUGACAUUUAUUUUAGCUGUGUAAGACAUAAUUAGUUUAUUCUAGUCAGAGUCAAGUAGAUAUUUCCUGUAAACUGAAGCUGUCCCAUUUUUUCCAA